AUGAAUGACAACAAUUUCAAUUCCUUCAAAUAAUACUAAACUUUUGCUACUUAUCAAUCUAGAACAAUAUUACCUUAAAAUAAUCCAUAAUAAAUGAAACUCUAAGAAUAUACUAGACCUGAAAUUUAGAAAAUAAACUUAAAACUAGAUCAAAUGCUUGACACUUUAAAUUAAUAUACUCCAUCCUUAAUGAACCAAUAAAAAUAAUAAGAGUUUAACUUAAAUAACAGUUAAUUAGAAACAUAACUACCUCAUUCUUAAAAUAAUUCAUUUAUUGGAAAUAUUGGAAAUAAUGGAAAGAGUUACAUUCCUCAAUAAUAAUAAAAACAAUAAGCAAACACCUAAUCAAGAUGCCAACAACCAAUAUAAUACUCUAUCACUCCUUAAUAGAAUUUAUGUUAAUACAAUUAAAGUCUCAAAUAAGAAUUUGAUGAGUAUCUUUAAUUUAAAGAGUUCAUUAAAGCAAAAUAACUUGUACUUAAUAAUAAUGCUCCUCUGUCUGAUUUAUAUAAAUAUUAUCUUGAAAAUGAUGUUCACUCAAAAACUAAAUACUAUAGAUUUCAAGAAGAUAAAGUUAAUAAGAUUAUUUUAUAAAAGUGA